CGAUCCACAACACGCGUCGUACGCGCCGGUCAACAGCUCAUCCUGUCAUUUCCGCCUCAACAACUAACGAUUUCUAUGAUUGAAUCGCCGCUGGACGUAACGCAAAUUACUAAAAAUGUAUCGGGAGGACUGUGGAUCGCUUUUCGAUGACCCCGUACUCAGUGAUCAACUCCUGUUCGAGUAUUCGCCGGCUGAAAGCCUCAUUAAUUUCGAACUUCCGGCGUCCGUUAGUGCCGAAGUUGACGAGUGGCAGUUCAAUGAUUUCGAUUUCCAUUGCGACGCUUUUGUGAGUGAUUUUAAUGAUACUAACAGGAACAACUGCAUCGAAGAGAGCUCUUCCGUCCUAUUCGAUUUUGCGGACUUAGAUAAGAAUAUUAAUUUAGAUGACUAUCUGUUUGAUGAAUUAAGCAGUGAUAAAUCGUGUGAUGAGCAACCAUGUGCUACAAAUUCGACAGAUGCCUGUGACGUUGGUCUUUCUGUGUUGGGUAUCGAUCUCGACAGGACCUAUCCCCAAACGCUGGAGUUGGCUGAUUUGCAAGAAAUUAGUCCAAGUGAAAAGAGUGAAACGUCCGUAGAGAAUAAAGUACAGACAUGGGGUGAGCCCACAUUUUACCCUAACUUAGGAGCGUUUAGAUGCCCGGUGGAGGAGUGUGGAAAGUUAUACGCAAAAGCGUCUCACGUUCGGGCACAUUUGCGGAGACACAGUGGUGAGAAGCCUUACAAGUGCACUUGGGGUGGGUGCAGUUGGCGUUUCGCUCGAUCGGACGAACUCGCCCGGCAUCGACGAAGCCAUUCGGGAGACAAGCCCUACAGGUGCAGUGAAUGCGGUAAGAGAUUUGCACGUUCGGAUCACCUCGCGAAACACGGACGCGUACACGCAAGACGGGCUGCCGCCGCAGCGGCUGCUAAGCGUGCUGCUCAUAUGCCUAGAAGACGACCAAUAUAGUAAUUUUAAAAUGCGCUGGUUGAAAAGAAGUUUUGUGGACUAUAUAUGUAGAGACGUGACCAAAAAAAUGUGCCAAAUAACGUUACUUAACAAGAAUUUAUUAAUAUAGUUAUUUUAUAGUGUAUAAGUAAACUAAAAGUUGAUAUUAUUUAUAAAAAAAUUGUAGUAGUUUAGAAACUCUGUAACAGUGGUAACAUUAUUUUAUUAUUUUCGCUCAUUAUGCUUGCGAAUAGCAUAUCGAAAUAAACACACGUACAAUGAAACAGUCAUCAUAAUUAUUUUUUUAACGUAAGGUAUAAAAAAGAUAAAUAAUUAUGUGCCUAAAGAGUUAACAGUAAAUUACUCAAUGUUACUAUUUUUAUUUAGCUGAUCACGACAGUCAAUGCACUUUCGUGGUGACCUCUCAAAUCAAAUCUCAUUUAAUGCCCCUUUAGACGGUAAUACUUUGUUAUUAUUAUGGAUCUACUACUUGUUAUACGUGCACCUAGCGUUCUUAUGUACGGUGAAAACUUAAUAUAUUUAUUAUUUAAGGACUAUAAAGUACUGAUUAUUAUGUAAUUACGAAUAAGUAUGAAUUUAAAUAUUUUGUAUAACUUAAUCUUUUACUACCUAUAGUAGCAGUGAGGUAUACAAUGUGGCUCUCUAUGAGUAUUACAGGACAAGCACUCAAAGAUACAAUAGUCAAUGUAAAAUUUAUAUAAUUCACUGAAAUCA